AUGGCGGGAGAUACGUCGCUUUCUCGUGCUUCCCCAGCCGGUGCAGCAGCACGAGCAGCAGCAGCAGCAGCAGCAGCAGCGAGCGCUUCCGAGGCCAGGCAGGAACCUCUGCUGCUGCAGGAGCUGCGGCUGCUGGGCCUGAUGGUGCAGCACGUGCUGCGGCGGCAGCAGCAGCAGCGGCAGCGCUUGCUGCCGCUCUCGCGAGCCUUCAUUGUUGCUGAGGAGGAGCGAAAGGCGCUGCUGCAGACUGCAGCAGAAGUGCAGCAGGGGCUAGCAGCAGCAGCAGCAGCAGCAAAGCAAGCUCUGCAGAAUGCCCGCAGCAAGAAACAGCUCCGCGGCCGCAGUGGCCCUUCUAAGAGUGUGUCUCUCCGCAGCGUCAGUGCAGGGGUUACCUCAGUUUGCCAGCAGCAGCAGCAGCAGCAGCAGCAAGAACAGCAGCGGCAGCUGCAGCUGCUGCAGCUGCAGCGGGAACGGCGACUGCUGCAGCGGAGAGGACCCCUGUGGAGGCUGCAGCGAAUGGCUGCUAGCCACGGCCCUUAUCUCCAGCAGGCGCAGCUGCACCGGCAGCAGCAGCAGCAGCAGCAGCAGCGGCAGCAGCGGCAGCAGCAGCGGCAGUUGCAGCGGCAGCAGCAGCGUGCUGCUGAGCAAGCAAGUGCGUCCAGGGCUUCGCCGCCACGGCGCCAGCAGCCUGCAGCAGCACGGCAGCAUCAGCAGCAUCAGCAGCAGCAGCAGCAGACGCAGCAGCAGCAGCAGCAACAACAGCAACAAACUCCUCAUGCUGCUCUCUCUGACGUGCAUCGCCAGGCAUUCCCAGAAGAGCACCAGCAAGGAAUAGAGGCGACACUGCGCAGCAUGGAGCAGCAGCAGCAACAGCAGCAGCAACAACAGCAGCAACAGCAGGGUCAGGAGAGGGAACGGCAGCAACAGACCCACAGUCUCUCAGGCACUCUUCUGCCAUCCCCACCCGAUCGCCGUGAGCAGCAGCAGCAGCAGCAGCAACGACAGCCGCCGCAGCUGCUGCAACAACAGCCGCAGCAACUGCAGCAGCUGCAGCAGCAGCAGCCGCAGCAACUUCAGCAGCUGCAGCAGCAGCAGCCGCAGCAAUUUCAGCAGCUGCAGCAGCAGCAGCCGCAGCCAUUUCAGCAGCUGCAGCAGCAGCAGCCUCAACAACUGCAGCAGCAGCAGCAGCAGCAGCCGCAACAACUGCAGCAGCUGCAGCAGCAGCAGCCGCAGCGACUGCAGCAACUGCAGCAGCUGCAGCCGCAGCAACUGCAGCAACUGCAACAGCUGCAACAGCUGCAGCAGCAGCAGCAGCCGCAGCAACUGCAGCAACUGCAGCAGCUGCAGCAGCAGCAGCAGCCGCAGCAACUGCAGCAACUGCAGCAGCUGCAGCAGCAGCAGCCGCAGCAACUGCAGCAACCGCAGCCGCUGCAGCAGCAGCAACGACAGCAACUGCACCAGCUGCAGCAGCAGCAGCCGCAGCAACUGCAGCAGCUGCAACAGCAGCAGCCGCAACAACUUCAGCAGAUGCAGCAGCAGCAGCCGCAGCAGCUGCAGCAGCUGCAGCAACAGCAACUGCAGCAGCUGCAGCAGCUGCAGCAGCAGGAACAGCUUCCUCUCCAGCCAUGGGAUAUAGAGUCCUCCUCUCAGUGGAGUAUGGCGCUGCUUCCUCCACAGCAGCAGCAGGCACAGCAGGAACAGCAGCAGCAGCAGGAGCAGCAGCAGCAGCAAGGGCUGGGCUCCACCGCUGCUGCCGCUGAAUUCGAUUUGCCAUACCUGGGCGACCCGCUGCCCCCUUUAACCUGGAGAGAGGAGCAGCAGCUUCAGCAGCUGCAGAUGCUUCGGCUGCAGCGUCUGCAUCAGCACGAGCAGCAGCAACAGCAGCAGCAGCAGCAGCAGCAGCCACGGCUCUCCGAUGUGGCACCAGCAGCAGACCACGUGGGUGAUGGUCUGGGUUACCUCGGGAGGCCACUGCAACAGCAGCAGCAGCAGCAACAACAGCAGCAGGUGGUAGAGGAGCAGGGACAAGAAGCCCAGCGCCAGCAGCAGCAGCAGCAGCAGCAGAGGCUGCUGGCAACCGAAAGAGCCUCUCCCCAGAUGGGUCCUUCCCCUGUUCCUGUUCCUCAAGGAACAGCAGCAGCAGCUGCUUCAGGCCGAGUAGCAACAACCGCUUCAGGUAGGAGCAGCAGCAGCAGCCGCAGCAGCAGCAGUGGUAGUACUAGCAGCAGCAGCAGCAAUGAUAGUAGUAGUAGCAGCAGCAGCAGUGGUACUAGUAGCAGCAGCAGCAGCAGCGUUUGCGGAAGGACUCUGAGGGACACUCUGCUGCAGAUCCAGCCGUGCCUUGUUUUAUGUAAUUUCCUGUAUAUUACAUGGACGCUGCAGCCGAAGCAUCUGCAGCUGCUGAAGCUGCUGCUCCUCUCUCCAGGUUAA